AUGGUCCGAGCUGCUGCACGCCUGCUCACCCACCACUCUUCCCUUCUUGCUUCCCUUGCAGAGCACUACAAACACCACUGGUUUCCUGAGAAGCCGUUCAAAGGCUCCGGGUACCGCUGCAUCCGGAUCAAUCACAAAAUGGACCCCAUUAUCUGCAAGGCAGCGAGCCAGAUCGGACUCAGCCUCCCACAGCUCUACCAGCUCCUGCCCAGCGAGCUCACCCUCUGGGUGGAUCCCUACGAGGUCUCCUACCGCAUUGGGGAGGAUGGUUCCAUCUGUGUCUUGUACGAAGCAACUGCCACAAAACCUGUGAGCUCCUAUGGGAUGCUUACCUGUAAGAACCAGAUGAUGUUAGGUCGCACCAGUCCUUCCAAAAACUACAUCAUGACUGUCUCCAGCUAA